GAGGAAGAAACGCAGCCGGUAGAGAAAUGGAUGUGUUUUUGAUGAUCAGGCGUCACAAGACGACCAUCUUCACCGAUGCUAAGGAGUCGACCACAGUCUACGAGCUCAAGCGUAUCGUGGAGGGCAUCCUGAAGCGUCCGCCAGAGGAACAGAGACUGUACAAGGAUGACAUGUUACUAGAUGACGGUAAGACUCUGGGAGACUGUGGAUUCACAAACCAGACGGCGAGACCUCAGGCUCCAGGCACAGUCGGACUGGCCUUUUGUAUCAGCGAUGAUUCAUUCGAGCCACUGCGAGUGGAGCAGUUCUCGAGUCCUCCCGAGCUCCCGGACGUCAUGAAGCCUCAGGACUCCGGCAGCACGGCCAACGAGCAGGCGGUGCAGUGAAGCGGCAGGACAAAUGGCAGGACGGGUGGGGGAGGAACGGGGAAGCAACAGCUGUGUGGAUUAUUAGUUCUGAGUAUGGCGGUGUGUGUUGAGGGAAGAAAUGGGGUGCAUGAGGUGAAGUGAGCCUGUGUGAUGUGACUUUUGCUGAAAAUUCUAAUCCUUUCUUUGUUUUUUUUUCUUUUUUUCUUUUUGCUGCCCUUUUAGUGUCGGCUCUGACCAUUUUAUCCUGAGCUGUUCAUGCACCCGAAUGUCGAGCCUCUACCACGUGUACUCGUGUAUCCGUGUGUUUCCAUGGAUGAUAAUCCCAUUGGUCAGGCCACUGUCCACUUGUCAUCUAGAGGUGGUGGGGAAAUAAUAGAGUAUUUAAAAUUUUAUUUAAUUCUCUCGUGUGGCACAUUAUGUGCUGUGUGUUUUGGUAACGUUGCCCUUUUGAAGAAUUAACAGUACAGUGUGUGUGUGUGUGUGGGUGUGUGUGUGUGUGUGUGUGUGUGUGUGUGUGGGUGUGGGUGUGGGUGUGUGUGUGUGUGUGUGUGGGUGUGUGCGGGCGGGCGGGCGUUUAUUAAUACUGAUCUUAUUGGAUGGGCAUGAACUCGACACUUCAUUUGUACGGCUUUCAAAUCCACUAGCCGCACACUUUUAAGGUUUACUUCUCCCAUCACAUCUGACCCAGCUCGAACGUCUUCAUGUUUAGUUGACGAGCUGGAUCAGGUGUAAUCGGGAACCGGAAACGACGUGUAGCUUCAUACACUAUAGCAAAUGUAAGAAUUGAGGUGAAGUAAUAUUGUGAGGACGUUUUGUAUUUGCGUUUCUUCCUAUCGACGUGUGUUACGUUUUCAGUUACGCGAUCAUCCUGGGUUUAGUCUGGUGUAACUUCUUUUUUCAGUGUUAGUUUUAAAAACAGUGUCCAUGUGUUUAGUUCCCUUGUUUUAUAUUUAAACCAAAGGGGAAGUGUAAAUGCACGAUUUUCUCUCUGUGUAAAUGCGUAUUAAUGUGUAAAAUAGCUUUUUUUUUUUUUUUUUUUUUGCGCAAACCAGUAAGAACAGUAUAUAUGUGGGACGUAUGAGGCGAAUUUGCAUAACGAGUAACUGAGUUUCACCAGAUGCUGACACACGUUUGUCUCAAAAACAGAACCUGUUGUGUGUUGUUUUUGAAAACGAACUUUCAAUUCUUUCUCGGUUGAGAAUUGUUUCCUGUAAUGUUUGUUUUUUUGGCAAAUAAAAAUUAAGAGCUUCUCACAA